AUGAAGACUACUUCCGCUAUCAUUCUGGCCGUCUCGGCCGUGGCCUCCGCCGAUGUCACCUACAACGCAACCACGGGCGAAUACAUCUGCUCCCGCCCCAACGCCCAAUGGUGUGCCGGCGGCUCCUUCGAGUCCGACAUCAUCAUCCGCUGCAACGCCCAGGGCAGGGGCCAGCCGGGUCGCUGCACAAACAACCUCGCCGGCCAGCCCCCCAUCGGCGUGAACCCUUCCCUGUGCUGGCAGAGCACCGCCGACGCCGGCGACGCCGCUUGCGAGAAGAACUGCGUCGUCUACGCCGACACCCCCUUCCGCCUCCCCGGCAGCGUCUGCACGCCCUACUCCAGCGUCUCAGGUACCCAGUCCCUCCCCGUCGGCAGGCCCACGGGCCCGGUGCCCCAGACCGGCUCCGGCUCCGUCUCGCGCUCCGCGGCCAGGCCCACCAGCACCGGCGGUGUUGGCAGCGGUCCGGGUCGUGGUAACGGUACCGCCAUCAGGGUCUCGUCGACGCCCGGCGUCGCGCCUCCUCCCCGUCCCAUGAGCAUCAUCGGUACUGGCGGCGGCGGCGGUGGUCGUGGUAACGGUACUACCCCGUCGACUACGCGGGGUGGUGGUGGAGGUGUUGCUCCCGGAAACCCGACAACCGCUCCUGGGCAGUCUGGCUCGCCUGGCUUCCCCGGUCAGCCCGGCCAGCCCGGCAGCAGCAUCCCCUCCGGCACGCGUACUCCUGUUCCUCCCUCUAACACACCUACCGGUCCUUCUACCGUUCCUACUGCCGCUGCCGCGCAGAACACCGUCGGAUACCUUGCGGUUGUUGGUGUUUUCGCUGCCUACUUUCUGUAA